AUGUCGUACUGCGAGACCUCUGACACGGGCGUGUUGGAUAAACACAUCGAAGUCAUCAAGGACUGGCCUUCUCGACACACCAAGAUCGGCACAAAGGAGCAAGUUUCAAGCGAGAUCGCAUACCUCCCAGAUGGCACCCAGUGGGGCUCACUCAUUCCUAUCAACUUCCAAUCUCACAUGUGGACUAAGUUAGAGCUCGAUUCACCACAGACUGGAGAGGCAGCGAGGAUUCAGCGCGAGCCCAACGCGAACACUGGGUCUACGCGGAAGCCUGUCGAUAUUGUCGCCGACUUUCUUGAGCAAUUUCCCAAGCUCAAGCGAAUCAUCACGAUUGCCGAGUCAGAGGCUGCAGCUGUCUACACCAUUCAGUCUCUUCGAGGCAGCGCUCAAGACGCGCAGUCUAUCCUGGGAGAUGGUUUCGUUGCCUGCGAUAUGGGCGGUGGCACUGUCGAUCUCAUCUCGUACAGUGCCGCCGGGCUGGAGCCAACAAUCCUCGAGGAAUCCACCGUUGGUAGCGGCGAUCAGUGCGGAGGCAGCUUCGUUGAUCGUGGCUUUCUCAAGUGGCUUGAGCAGCGUCUCGGCACAGAAGACUUCGUCAAGAUCGCAGGUUGCAGGAGCCAUGAAACUCCUCGUACAUCGAUGUCUAAGAAGCUAGGGCAGAUGGUCCAGGACUUCAUACUGGAGGCCAAGAGCGGCUUCUCCGGUACUGACACCAACUACCUGCGUCUUCCCGCUCCCUUGAGCGCGAUCGAUGAUGAUGAGCCGUGGGGCAUCUCCGACGGCGAGAUCAAGAUCGCCGCUGAAGAUAUGCAGGAGAUGUUCGAGUUCCCUAUCCGCCGUACCUAUGACCUCAUCCUCGGCCAAAUUCAACAGACUCGACUGGGCGGCAAAGUGCAGCCCAAGUAUAUCAUCAUGGUUGGCGGCUUCUCCGGGUCUCAUGUUUGGUCUGCUAUUGUCCGUGGCGCUGCAGCCAAGGGUCUUGAGGGCGAUGGUCGCAAACCCAUCAAGAACCGCAAGUGUCGCCGGAACUACGGCACAGAAUGCAUGAAGCCUUUCGAUUCAAAGGAGCACCGAGACAUUGAUGCAUACACCUGCCAGUACACCGGCAAGAAGAUGGCCGCAGAACAGAUGUUGUGGGGUCUAAAGAAGGGCCAAGAUCUUUCUACUUCAGAGACCUGUCACACUACUUCAAGGUUCGAGAACACCUUCUGGGUUGGAGACAAGAGAUACUUCUCGAUCGAUCUCUUGACUUCAGAUGCUGAAAAGUCUGCUAAUCGUACUUCCGAGAAGUCGGUGAACAAGCUUGCUACGCUUGAGGUGAACCUGAGCACAGUGCCAGAGAAGGAGUUCGUGCUCAUGCACAGCCCUUCGGGUGUUCCAUACUACAGGCUGAAACUCGAUUUGGAAAUCUACGUCGACUCUACAAUUGAAUACUCCUUUACGGUCAACGGCAAAAAGUACGGAACCAUUCAUGCGAAGUAUCACUGA